CGAAGAGGAAGAGGAAGAAGUGGAAAACCUCAAAAGCAUCCGCAAAUACCUGACGUCAAACGUAGCCUAUGGCUCCACAGGCAUUCGGGAUGUGCACCUUGAGCUCAAGGACCUUACCCUGUGUGGACGUAAAGAUGGGUGACCUUGAGCUUUGUAAGCUCGAUGAGCUGGACUGCCUUGUGAAAGGAGUGCUGUACAUUGAUUCUGUGGGCUUCAAUGGACACUCAGAGUGUUACUAUUUUGAGAACCCCACGGAUGCUGAGAGGUGCCAGAAGCUCCCAUUCAACCUGGAGAAUCCCUACCCUCUCCUCCUGGUGAACAUUGGCUCAGGGGUCAGCAUUUUGGCUGUCUAUUCCAAAGACAACUACAAACGGGUAACAGGCACCAGCCUUGGAGGGGGAACCUUCUUUGGCCUCUGCUGCCUUCUGACGGGCUGCUCCACGUUUGAGGAGGCCCUGGAGAUGGCAUCCCACGGGGACAGCACCAAGGUGGACAAACUGGUGAGGGACAUCUACGGAGGAGACUACGAGCGCUUCGGGCUGCCAGGCUGGGCUGUGGCAUCCAGCUUUGGAAACAUGAUGAGCAAAGAGAAGAGGGAAUCUGUCAGCAAGGAGGACCUGGCCAAGGCCACUUUAAUCACCAUCACCAACAACAUUGGCUCCAUAGCACGGAUGUGUGCCCUUAACGAGAACAUCAACCGUGUGGUGUUCGUGGGCAACUUCCUUCGGAUCAACACCAUCUCCAUGAGGCUCCUGGCCUAUGCCCUGGACUACUGGUCAAAGGGACAGUUAAAAGCACUUUUCUUGGAACAUGAGGGUUACUUCGGCGCAGUCGGUGCUCUCCUGGGACUCCUGGACUCAGCCUGACUCCCUGCAGGAUCUGUGUUGGACCUAUGGAUUCAGGGCACUCCCUGGGCCACUGAUCCUGUGCUUUGGGGGUCACUGAGCCCUUGUUUCGUGUCACAGCCCCCUCUGAGACUUGCACUGUGGUGGCCUGAGGGGACAGCGUGGGGAUGGGUGUCUGGAGGAGCUGAAGUCCAUCCAGGAUUACAGUGCAGGUUUGUUCCAAAGGAUGUGAUUGGAAUACACUGGCUGCAUGUGGGGGUGUAUGGGAAGGUCUGGGGGGCAUUUCAGCCACAUGAACUUGCCCUUUUUAGGGGAAUUUUUGUAGUUUUACUCCAUGUUUAAUGACGGUGACAAAGCAGAGCCAGCGGCGCUCUGCUCCUUCCAUUGGGAUUCCUUGGAGUGCCAAGUGCCCAGGUCAGUUCUAUGUUCACAAUCAGAGAUUCUCCACGUGCAGGAAAAUGGUGUAGGAAAGGGGAAGAGCAUCAGCACAGCCCUGGUGUGUGUAACUAACUCCACAUGGCUCACUGGAUCCACACUGGGACACAGCUGUGCUGCCAGCCAGGCUUCAUCUAUCCCUGUUCCACAUGUCCUUGUCUCUGUCCCAGGGAUGGGAGGUACAGCAGAGCUGAGGUCUGUGCCUCAGGGUGAGUCCCACUGCAGCCUCCAGCCCUCCUCAGCUCCUUUGGGAUGGUGUCAGGGGUGUCAGUCAGCCUCCAGCCUUGAGUUCUGAAUUUGAGGGUGGAAUAGGGAUAUUCAUUGUUUGUUUCUCUGUUACCAAACUCCACCAAAGAGACACUUCCUUCAGUCACACUUAGAUCUCUGUAAUACUCCAUGUUACAUUUUUCAUGGCUGCACUCCUGUCGUUUUGGGGGAAUUCUCCCCUUUCCAUGCAUGCUGUACUCCCUGUUUUCCCUGUGCAUGCUGCCACACAGCCUGUGAGCAGGAUACUGCGGUGUGGAGCCCCUGUGGAAGUUGCCCCCUGGGAAUGGGGGCUUGGAAUGGAUCCUGCACACUCAAUAAAUGCUCUCUAAAAGCAA